AUGCGUUUUCUCGUAUUCCUUAGCACUUCAUUAUUUGCGCUGGCCACAGCCUCAAAGAACUCGCCAAACGAUCUAUCUACCCAGCAUCUGCAAGGCAGCGACAUCAUCAUCAGUCCCAGAGAUGCCGACAUUGACAAGACAUGUAGACGCUUACGUACGUUUACACAGCUCAACAAGAUCGCACAUAACGAGACCCUCAUGGACAUGAUGAUCAUGCGCGACAAGUUCGCCCAACAACGCAUCGACUGGAUCAAGAGCAACAGUGACUACAUCGCUGCCAAACUCGACAAGCUAACAUCCAACUCGACGCUGACAGCGGAAUGCGACACGUUCAAUGCGCAGCGCGACACAGCUCGUCAGUGCAAGACAUUGCAGAUAUUGGAAAGACUGGUAAAUUCGACAAACGGGCAGACUGAUUUCAAUGGAGGACUUGCUACGGACUUUCUCAGCGAUGAGCAGAAACAGAAGUUACAACAAAAGUUCGAGAAAGCGGAACUCAAGCUGCAGCAACUCAGGAGUAAUGCAACAUUGAUGGGUUUCUGCGGCGACGACGUUAUAUUCCAGCAGGAUGGCGCCAUUGGAAGUCGUAAGCAUUUUUCUACAGUGCGAAACCGAAAUGUACUGACUUACAUACAGAAGUGGUUGACAACAGCGGCGCCAUCAGCAUGA